AUGUUAGACAGUGAUGAAUCAGUGACAUCUAUUGAGUCAGUUGAAUCAUCAUUGGACUUAAAAGAAUGGUUAAAUAGUUCGAAACUGAUUCAUUUCCGUUUCAAUCCAGAAAUAUAUGAAGAAAGUUUGGAAGUAAAUGUGUUUGAUGAGAAAUACAAUGAUUUUUGCUCAAAGAAUUAUAAGUUAUUACAACAAUUGAGUGAGAUAGAACAAGAAGAUAUUGGAGUCAUUUAUGAAAACAGAGAUGAUCAAAUUGAUGGUUUGUUCCAAAAUUUGAUCGAAAAUGUUGAAGGUUUCGUUAAAGAACUUGAAGAUAUUGAAGAAUUGGAUUUUGAGCGUAUUGAAAGUUAUGCCAAAAUAUUAACCAUAUUGCAUUGUUUGAAUGGGAAGAACUUCUCUACUUCCAAAGCUGGAGAAAUCAAUAAAUGGAUAAAUAAAUCAGAUCCUCAACCUACAAAUGAAUUGAUAGAAGAUAUAAUGAUCAUUGAAACUCCAUAUAAACACCCAUUUUUUUGGAAUAAACUUAUAAAUAAAUUGAUUAUACGUGGAUUGGUCAAUCAAACCAUCAAAAUUAUGGAAAAUUGUGGGUUCCAAGACCUUGAAGGUACCAAUAUUUUCAAAAUUAUCGAAGAUUUCAUUGAAAUCUUGAAAAAUUACAAUAAAAUGUCAAUUCAAAACUUCUAUCAAUGGAAAUUAAUUGUGUGUAAGUUUAGAGAUUCCAUCCCAUUAUUCAAAGAUGAUAUAGAAGUUGAGCAUUUGAAGAUUUUGAAUGAAAUUUCUAAUCUUUUAUAUAUAUUAUCAGGAUCAAAUAAGUCAAUCAUAAAUAGUUGUGAUAAUUGGUAUGAAAUAAUAGGUGCUUUGAGUUCAUAUAAAUCCGAUACCAUUGAUAGUGAACUUAUUGAUGAAUUCUACCAAAUUGCUAUUGAUGAAAGACCUCCUGCCAUAGAUGAAGAUAAAACAUUCAUAGAUAUCUGGGAAAAUAACUACCUCAAAGUCUUGAAUAGAGUUGACGAACUUGAUAGUGGAUUGAGUUCCAUUUUAUCCAAAUUCUUUGAUCUCAAAGGGUUCUUGAAACCUUAUUAUGAUCUCCAAACUCUUCAAGAUCUUGGUGAUCUCAAAGAUUUCGAAGAAAGAAGAAUUUCUCAUUUCUUACUCAUAAAAUUUUCAUUAUCUUGUUUGAAUAAUCAUCAUUUGGCACCCAUAGGGGUUGGUAUCAUCACCAAUUCUAAUCUCAUUAAUAACUUCAAAUUUGAACCCAUCUUGGCAGAAUUUUUAGUCAAUUAUAACUGUCAAACUAAUGACGAUUUGGAAUGGUGUUUGACUGUAUGUAUCAAAUUCAAACUUCUCGACAUUGCUAAUGAAUUGUUCAAGAAAUAUAGCUCCAAAUCUUUGAACGAUGGUUACAUUUUCGAAUCAUUGAACAUGUUGGUUAAAACAGGUAAUGUCAAAGAUAAUGCUAAAGAAAUCAAUAUGAUUGUUUGGGAUUUAAUAUUUCAAACUUCUUUGGUUAAUAAUAAACCUAUAAGUGAUGAAUUGAUUAAUAAUAUCGUUACUUAUAAAUUCAAAUAUGAUUUAAAUCCUAUCAUCAAACAAUUCUUAUCACCUUAUGGUGUAUUGUUUGAAACUUUCGAACUUUUAAAUCAUCCUGAAACUAACUACAGAAAGAUUUUAUUAAACUUAUUCAACUUAUUGAAAUUCAUGCAUUUACCAAAGAAAUUCUUACCUUUGUUAUUAUCACAAAUCAUCCCUAUAAUGGAAUACUUGAACAAGAAUGAUUUGAUUGAUUUGAUUGAAAUAAUAGAUGGAUUUGAAGGUAGUUUGGAUUCAUUAUAUUCUGAAAGUAAUGAGAUUUAUACCUUUUCCAUCAAUAACAUCGAUAAACCUGAACCUUAUGAUUGGAGACAGUAUAUGGAAACUAAUAGUAUCCCAAUACCUAAAGAUGUCAAACAAUUACUUGGUUUCUUAAGGCUAGAAAUUUCAAAGAAAAUACUGAAGGUGUAUAUCAGUUAG